AUGGAUCCCCUUUCAAUCGCAGCCGCCGCUGCGUCCAUCAGUGUUACAUGCUUCAAGCUAGCAAAUACAAUAUACGAGUAUGUAGAGGAAGUCAAAGACGUCGACCAGGCUGUAUUGCUUUUUGGAAAGGACUUGAAAACUCUGUCCCAAGCCUUACAAAACGUGGAUGCCGCCCUUAAGGACAACGCUGUGGCACUUACUACCACCCUUGGGAGUGAUAUUAAGUUGCUAGAUUCCCUGGAAGCAUGUAUACAGGACUGUGGCGAAACGGUCGAGCGAAUUGAAAACAUCCUCGAGGAAACACAAACCCAUGGCCGAGUAGGCAAUAUCCUCUGCCGCCCAGCCACGCAUUGGAAGCUCAAGGACAAGAAACCAGAGCUGGUGCUCCUGCGCGGUCGGGUUAUCUCUUUCCAUACCGCGAUGAACAUGAGCCUCCAAAUGAUCCAUAUCUGCAUAAUGCUGCAUGUUCAAAUCAACCAGGAAAGCCAACACGAUGAUGUGCUAAAGGGGAUUGACCAACUGCAGAGACAGAUCAAGAAACUCACAAAAAUUGUCCGACAGAAUGACUCAGAUAGUGAAAGUCUACCAGCCACGGUUCAGCAGUGUCUAGACGCUGCUAUAGCACUUGAUACGUCCGCUAGCAUAACAGUCGACAACAAGCAAUAUUCCAUUCUUGACGCCAUGACCGAGGCCCCAUCGGAGAAGGUCCAAGGGUGGAUGCGAAAUAGCGACAAUUUCGAACCUCCAAUUUCCAAUCUGGCUCUCACUGGGAUCUCAGAAGCAGAUGAGAGAUCCACCAUUGGUCAUUCUGUUUCCCUGACCAAUGUGCCUUCCAAGGCCACCGAUGAUACUUCUAUCCAGUCAUUGUCUCAUUUGGAAUGGUCAAAGGCCGAGCUUCAAAAGUCUCAAGAUCUGUCUGACGCAGGCCGCCCUGAGUCGGCUAAGGCAUUAUGCCGAAAGGUUAUUCAUCAGUCUGAAUAUACCGCUGGAACCAAUUCCCCCGGUUAUCGAGACGGUAUUUUGCUUCUCGCUGGCAUCCAUGAGGAGUACGGCGACGAAAGUGAAGCAAACGAAGUCCGAGCUCUGCUUCGUCCCCAAAGACAUAUCGAAAUGAGAAGUCAGUUCAAGGAACUGCUCCAAGAGAAGAACCUAGAGGCGUGCAUCGAGUUUGCAUUGAAGGAGGCAGCAUUGUUACAUCAUAUUAAGUCGAUACGACAAUAUCGACAAUUUGUGAGCAAGCUGUCGUUCGAUAGCGAAUUCUUUGAAGAGAAUAUUCUCCUCGUCCUUGCGGUAACUGGGAACAACAUUUUGGUGCAGUUGAUGCUGAGCCGUGGAGCCUCACUGGAUACGAAAGUUAAAAUCAAGGAGUGGGAAAUUGACACAGUCACGGCGCUCAGUUGUGCCGUCCAUUUCAAACACAAAUAUCUGGUUGCAACCAUUCUCGAGUACUCGCCGGAGUCUGCUACAACGGAUUUAUCACCUGUGGAUCUCGAGAAAGUCAUUUUAACCCGUGAUAUUGAGAUUUUACGCUUGAUAUUCGAUCAUAUGCCGAACCAUUCGGGCGCCAAGGGCAUAAGGAAUGGCUGCAUGAUGAUUGAGUCCAGUGAUUACGAGUUGGCUGAGCUUCUGUUGAAACAUGGAGCACCAUCCCUCGCCGAGGCGAACCUAAAAGAUGGCAAUCCUAUUAUACCUCCACGGGGAUAUAGUGGAGAACAGAGUAAGCCAAAAUGCCUACCCCUUCAGAGGGCAGUGGUCAAAGGAGAUUUGAAGAUGACGAGCCUCCUACUCCAAUAUGGUGCAACACGAUGCUUGUAUCCCAUAUCCAAGGAACCCGUGUCCGAUACGAAUAUGACUGCAAACUUUGACCCGGUUCAUUUUGCGGUCAGGAACGAAUCCCUGAAAAUGCUGAAAUUGCUCGUAACGGAAAGUGUCCAUAUUUCGUCUUAUGCAGCGGAAUUAGCUAUCCUGUCUUUAUGGAUGCCAGGUAUCAAGCACUUCGAAUCUCUCAAUCCGGCAUACCUCCGUUCCUCCAGAUUCGAAACGUUGUGUCAACGCGCAGCGAUAUUAGCCAUCAAGUCACAGUCAUCUGAAAAGCUUCAAUGGUGCUUUAAAAUGAGAGCGCAUGUUACUCGUCGUAUAGUCCACGAGGCAUGUUCAGUUGGUUGGGCAACUGGGUUAAGGCGCUUGCUGUCCAUUGAUCCUUCACAUGCCCAUGUUGCAGUCUUUCUAGGUAGCUGGACUAGAUACGAUAACACCGAGGUUCUCCAGGUCGCGCUAAGCUUCGGUGGAAGCCCGAAUUAUGAACAAGAUACCCCACGUCAAUUUCCUUUAGCGGAAGCAGCAAUAAACGGAUGCUUACCAAACGUGGACUUCCUGUUGCUCAAUGGCGCACGUGUUGACAAAUAUCACAUGGAUGACCCAUUCAGGAGAACAGCUCUUUACUUCGCUGUCGAGAAUGCUAAGAAACACGGUGAUCUAGUUCAGUCAGGGUACCUGCAGGUCAUUUCCAGUCUCGUGGAAGCAGAUGCAAGCACAAGCGGAGUGACAUUGAAAGGAAUGAGCGUGCUUAAUUCCAGACGCCGCAAGAUCGCAGCGGCCCUAAGAGGGGAAUAUAAGUGA